AUGUUGAAGAUCUGGUCGAUGAAACAGCAGCAGCAGCAGGCUGAAAAUGCCGAAGGUGCUGCUGGGAAGAAAAAGAAGAAGGUCACCGCCGCGCAACUGCGCGUGCAACGAGACCUUCAGGAACUAACGCUCGGCAAUACUAUGAAGAUGUCCUUUCCCAACCCCGACGAUAUCCUGAACUUCACGUUAACCAUCGAGCCGGACGAGGGCAUGUACAAGGGCGGCGUCUUCAAUUUCAACUUCACCGUGAACCAGAACUUCCCCCACGACCCGCCGAAGGUGAAGUGCACGCAGAAGAUCUACCACCCCAACAUCGACCUUGAGGGCAAUGUCUGCCUGAACAUCCUGCGCGAGGACUGGAAGCCCGUGCUGAACCUGAACGCCGUGAUUGUUGGCAUGCAGUUCCUCUUCCUUGAGCCCAACGCCUCGGAUCCCCUGAACAAAGACGCCGCUGAUGACCUCCGCACGAACCGCGACGGCUUCAAACGCAAUGUGCGCUCCUCCAUGGCCGGCGGGUCCGUCCGGGGUGUCACCUUCGAGCGAGUGCUACAAUAG